AUGGGCAACAUCCCCACCACAGUGAAGCACUGCCUGAGCUAUGAACAACUCAUCCAGGAUUAUCCGUGGCUAGGAAGCCGGCUGCAGGAUGAGAAGGAAAUGGUUCCGACAAGAGUCAAAAUCCAGCUGAUAAACAUGCUCUCGGAAACAGGCCUGCCUGUGAUCGAGGCCACCAGCUUUGUGUCUUCAAAGUGGGUACCACAGAUGGCGGACCACACUGAAGUGCUUCAAGCCAUCCACAGAUCUUCUCAUGCUCGUUAUCCUGUACUGACACCCAACAUGCACGGCUUUCAGGAUGCUGUUGCAGCUGGUGCUACUGAAGUGGCCGUGUUUGGGUCUGCCUCUGAGACCUUCAGUCGGAAAAAUAUCAAUUGCUCUAUUGAUGACAGCAUACUGAGAUUCGAGGAAGUCAUUUGCACUGCUAAACAACAACAGAUUCCAGUCCGUGGAUAUGUUUCUUGUGCACUAGGAUGUCCAUAUGAGGGACCCAUUGAACCCACUAAAGUUGCAGAGGUGGUAAAGCGGUUGUAUGAACUGGGCUGCUAUGAGGUGUCUCUGGGGGAUACUAUCGGCGUGGGCACCCCAGGCUCCAUGGCCAAGAUGCUGCACUACGUCAUGAAAGAGGUACCCAGCAGCGCUCUGGCCGUUCACUGCCACGACACCUACGGCCAGGCUCUGGCCAACAUCCUAACUGCACUGCAGAUGGGGAUUUGUGCGGUGGACUCAUCUGUAGCAGGUCUGGGCGGGUGCCCAUAUGCCCAGGGAGCCUCUGGUAACGUGUCAACAGAAGAUGUUCUCUAUAUGCUCCAUGGCAUGGGCAUUAAAACUGGAGUCGAUCUCUCCAAGGUAAUAGAGGCAGGUGAUUUCAUCUGCAAAGCCUUAAACCGCAAGACCAACUCCAAGGUAGCCCAAGCAAGAAGCAAGUCCUCGUGA